AUGACCGUGCUUGUCAACCCGACCACAGCUGUGGGGCGGACGGAUCUGCAUCAGCUGUUCUUCACGUUUGUCAACCCCACUCUUGGUGCCGCCCAGCUGAGCGGCUCGUUCCAGGCGCUGGCCCGAUUGCGGGCUCGCGAAGCUGUCUCGGCGCAAGACCUCGACGUGGACAACCUCACGCUGGACCUCCAGCUUGUCACCAUUUCGGCAGUCGCGCAGCGGCUGUGUGGCGACAUGCCCGGGUCGGACCAGUCGCUCUCGACGGCCAAGGCGGCGCUGAUCAACUGCUUAGAUCACGCGUCGCGCGACAUGGCCAUUAUUCACCUCCUCCUCGCCUCCCUCUACGCCGGGUUCGACGAGUCGCAGUUUGCGGCCCACAUCGGCAUGGCGUGGUCAAUUCUCUCGAUCAUUGCCUCGCGGUCGGGCCGGACAAUUUCGCGGGCAAAGGACAUAUCGCCAGCCGAGCUCCCGCCGCUCAUGCGGGCCUUUGCUCAGCUUGACAAUCCGACGCGGUGCGCGUCGAUUGCCUCGCUCACGACGGCGCGCGAUGUCUUCCGCGUCCGCACCCUCCUCGGCUGCUCGCGUCACCUCCUCACCGACGUCUGGUCGCCGCUGCCUACCGUGUGGUGGACCGCCAUCGCUGGUACCAUUUUCCCGCUUCUUGAGCGCUACCUCCUGUCGCAAGCCUUGGUCGACGUGCUGCCGCAGGAGACUGCACCGCUUGUUGCCAGCAUCCACGCUCUCCCGCUCUUCACAACACUCUCCGGUACGGCAUCGGCCAGCGGCGACGCGCCGGCGCCCAUGAGCCUGACCUCGCCGGCUGCCGCUCCCCAGCCGAUGAUGACCUCGCCGCAGAUGACUCCUCACCCGCAUCCGUUUGGGGUCACCCCAGUCAGCAACGCGGGUACUGGCCUGCGUGGCUUGCCACAGUCGGCAGCGCCAGGCAACUUGCCAAGCGGCGUGUUUUCCACGCCGUUCCCGGAUCCGGCGUCGCGCUCAACCUCGAUGUGGACGCCGUCUCUUCAGCCGAAUCUUGCCGGCGGAGUUCCGGCGCGCGGCGUCGCACCGCCGCCAAUGGCUUCGGGCUCAAAGUCGGACACGUCCCACUCGAACUCCAACUCCAAUUCAAACUCGAGGACGCCGGCUCCGUUCUCGAACACGUUUUCGUCGUCGGCGAGCGGCACGUCGGGUCUGCCGGUCUCAGGCGGCUCGAUGGCCAUCCCGACCUCAUUCCCACCGCCGUCGUCAUCAGCGUCGUCGUCGUCGUCGGCGACGGGCGGCCAGACGCGGCCACCGGGCGGCUCGAGCUCGGGCUCGGUCUCGAGCUCGAGCUCGACCGGGACGAUGCCGGCGAUCAGCGCCGCGACGCCGCUUGCGGCUGCUGCGAUGGGCCUCAGCUACCACAACCUCGGAACUACGCCGACACCGGUCGCCCGCACCCGGAUCUCGUCGUCACCGUCGUCGUCGAAGAACACGCCGUCAGGCUCGAACACGACGUCUGGCUCGGGCUCAGGCUCCCGCUCAGGCUCAGGCUCGGGCUCGGACUCGGAGUCGAUUUCGCCAAACAGCAACAGCCAGAACCGGCAUGCGGCACAGGGACACGGACAGCAGCAAGGCGCCAACCAGGGAUCGACCUCGUCGUCCUCAUCCUCGCACACCCGUGCGCCGUCCGUCAACACCUCGACUUCGCCCCUGACCAAGGCACCCGAGUACACUGUCCUCCUCGCCAUCUUGCCGCUCAUCUCGACAGCGGCCAACUGGCUGGAGAACGACCUGCGAAACCACCAGGCCCACUCGAAGCUCUGCGUCGGCGUCUAUACGCAGACAAUGGCGGCGUUCCUCCAGAACGUCGGCGCGCACAUCCACUACGUCCGCACCGGUGGCUUUGACACCCGGCACGCACUGGAUACAGCUAUCGCUGCAAUCACCGCCAUGGAUGCUUCUCUCCGCUACGGAGGCGAUCUAAUGCGCCUUGUCAUUGCCUUUACAGGCAUUGUUGCCAUCACCGCCUCACGCUGGGACAUUAUUUUCAAGCUCAUCCCCCUGGCGGCCUCGAGCGAGGCCUCCGUUCCCAAUCCAGUCGUCUUCCUGGCGCUCUCCCGCGUUGCGGCCGACUACGACAUGGCGACGUCCGAGUCCCGGCGAUGAAGAUGUGCGUAAUAGCACGCACUACGUUGCGGUCGAGGAAGGCUUGCCACGACAUCUAGCAGCGCAUUCUGACCACUCGCCUAGACGUUGGCCUCGUGUUGGUGAUGUACGCGGGCGUCACGGCUGAUCUAUUGGCCAUGACGGCCACGGUGACAUGGCCAAGACGGCGCCAAGUCACCUGCCGCCACCUGUGCCUGCAUCAGCAUAGUGUACGUAAACUCGUUGGCUGCAGC